UCAGUUCAUCAGCUCUUCGUUCAACCCAUGGCAGACACUGCAUUUCCUCCAGCUCAGCUCCAGCAGGUGAUGGUCCCAUAAUCUCGGCUGAACACAUCCAUUGACUUUUGUUGGGAAACUUCCUCAACCCUGGGAAGGAGGUAGAAGAUGGUUGCCUGUGCUCACUUACUGUGAAGAUUUGGAAUCAGGCAACUUCAGCUUUGAUUCUCCAAGUGUUUCAGGAUGUAAAUAUAGUCUGACCUUUCCCUGAUGGGCAGUUAAAUCAUGGACACGCUAAACAAUUUACUUUGGACUGUCCUUCCAAAAGAUGCUUUGGCUUCUCUCUUGAAUGCGCACUAAGCAUUUAUAACUGACAAGGAAAAGAAAGAAGACUGUGAACUGGAAAGCGAUCUUACAAUGAAAGUUACGAGCACAUCUUGUAUCUGUCCAGUCCUAGUGUGUCUCUGUUUUGUGCAGAGGUGUUAUGGAACUGCUCACCACAGCUCCAUCAAGGUGACCAGAAACCAGACCAAACACAUUGAAGGUGAAACCGAAGUCCACCAUCGUCCCAAAAGGGGAUGGGUUUGGAAUCAGUUCUUUGUUUUAGAAGAACAUAUGGGACCAGAUCCACAAUAUGUUGGAAAACUACACUCCAAUUCUGACAAAGGCGAUGGCUCUGUCAAGUACAUCCUUACUGGAGAAGGUGCCGGGACUAUAUUUAUCAUUGACGACACCACUGGUGACAUCCACUCAACAAAAAGCCUAGACAGAGAACAGAAGACCCACUAUGUGCUUCAUGCCCAGGCUAUCGACAGACGAACAAACAAGCCUCUUGAACCUGAAUCUGAGUUCAUAAUCAAAGUACAGGACAUCAAUGACAAUGCGCCAAAGUUCACAGAUGGACCAUACAUCGUCACUGUGCCUGAAAUGUCAGAUAUGGGUACCUCUGUCCUACAGGUGACAGCUACUGAUGCAGAUGACCCUACCUAUGGGAAUAGUGCCCGCGUAGUUUACAGUAUCCUGCAGGGACAGCCCUACUUCUCCGUAGACCCUAAAACAGGAGUUAUUAGAACUGCCUUACAUAAUAUGGACAGAGAAGCCAGAGAACACUAUUCUGUGGUCAUUCAAGCCAAGGACAUGGCCGGGCAAGUCGGGGGGCUUUCAGGAUCGACAACGGUCAACAUCACCCUGACGGAUGUCAAUGACAACCCCCCACGGUUUCCUCAGAAGCACUAUCAGCUUUAUGUUCCUGAGUCAGCUCAAGUUGGGUCAGCUGUUGGGAAAAUCAAAGCAAAUGAUGCAGACACUGGUUCAAAUGCUGACAUGACCUACUCCAUCAUUAAUGGUGAUGGUAUUGGGAUAUUCUCCAUCUCCACUGACAAAGAGACCAGAGAAGGGAUCCUUUCUUUAAAGAAGCCACUGAACUAUGAGAAAAAGAAGUCAUAUACUCUCACCAUAGAGGGAGCAAAUACACACCUUGAUUUUCGCUUUUCUCACUUGGGUCCUUUCAAAGAUGCUACCAUGCUGAAGAUCAUUGUUGGGGAUGUAGAUGAACCACCACUGUUUUCCAUGCCUUCUUACGUCAUGGAAGUCUAUGAAAAUGCCAAGAUUGGGACUGUUGUUGGCACAGUUUUGGCACAAGAUCCCGACACUGCUAAUAGCUUAGUAAGAUACUUCAUUGACCACAGUGCUGAAGAUGACAGAUUUUUCAACAUUGAUGCCAGUACUGGGACCAUUAGAACCACAAAGGUUCUUGAUAGAGAAGAGACUCCAUGGUACAACAUCACAGUCGCUGCUUCAGAAAAUGACAAUCCUGGUUUGCUGAGCCAUGUCACAGUGGGUAUUAGAGUUCUGGAUGUCAAUGACAAUCCACCCGAACUUGCCAGGGAAUAUGAUAUUGUUGUUUGUGAAAACUCUAAGCCCGGCCAGGUUAUUCAUACCAUCAGUGCCACUGAUAAAGAUGAUUUUGCAAAUGGACCAAGGUUUAACUUCUUUCUUGAUGAACGCCUGUCUAUAAACCCAAACUUCACUUUGAAGGACAAUGAAGAUAACACAGCCAGCAUUCUGACAAGGCGGAGGAGAUUUAGUCGAACUAUUCAGGAUGUGUAUUAUCUCCCCAUUAUGAUCUCUGAUGGUGGAAUCCCCUCUCUCAGCAGCAGCAGUACCCUCACCGUCAGGGUUUGUGCAUGCGAGAGAGAUGGGCGCGUGCGGACCUGCCAUGCGGAAGCGUUCCUGUCCUCGGCUGGCUUGAGUACAGGAGCCUUAAUCGCUAUUCUGCUGUGUGUUGUCAUUCUCCUAGCAAUCGUGGUACUUUUUAUCACCCUGAGACGCAGCAAAAAAGAGCCUCUGAUCAUCUCAGAGGAGGACGUGAGAGAGAAUGUGGUCACCUAUGAUGACGAGGGGGGUGGGGAGGAAGACACCGAGGCCUUUGACAUCACAGCCUUGAGGAAUCCGUCUGCUGCCGAGGAGCUCAAGUAUCGGAGAGAUAUCAGACCCGAAGUGAAACUCACCCCCAGACACCAGACAUUGUCCACCCUGGAAAGUAUAGAUGUCCAGGAGUUUCUUAAGCAAAAACUGGCGGAAGCCGAUCUAGACCCCAGCGUCCCACCUUAUGACUCUCUUCAGACUUAUGCCUACGAAGGUCAGAGAUCGGAGGCUGGGUCCAUCAGCUCCCUGGAUUCAGCAACGACACAGUCAGACCAGGAUUAUCACUACCUUGGAGACUGGGGACCCGAAUUUAAAAAGUUAGCCGAACUCUAUGGAGAAAUAGAAUCUGAAAGAACAACUUAGGGGCUUAAUUCUUGUAAACGUUCUAUAAACGUUCUAGAAUUCGCUUCCUGAGCAAGUGGAGAUAUAACCUCAGCAAUGGCAAGGAAGACACGUGGAAACAGUACUUGGAACUGAGCAAGCUGUCCGCAGCUACUGUAGAAACAAGUGCCCUUUUCAUGAUCGAAAAUGGGUCAUUUAAUCAGAAGAAAGUCAAAUUGAAAACAAAACAAAACAAAACAAAAAAAAAAAUAGAGUAAAAGCUAUUGUUCCUUGUGUAUAUUUUCAAUUGCUCAAUAAAGUCUGUGGUACUCUUUAAUUAAGAAUCCCUGAAUGAAGCCAAACAAUGACAUUUGUUUCAAUAUCUUGUGAUUUCUUUUCAAAGGCAAAACUAAACCGAAAGGUUCAAAAUCACACAGGAGUAGGGGUGGUAAACUGCAAAAUGAAGCUUGUGCGGGUAAUUGGGACCUCAUUUUCCACUUCUCUGUGUGGACUCUUGAGCCUCACAGUCUGUUACUGUGCAAGAUCUUAUUAGCAUUGUGUUAUGUACAAAUGCCAUGAGGUUUAUUCAGCACACGUGGCCAUGCCUUCGUGGACUUGUAUGCGCCAUUUUCCUUUGCCCUCCCCACUUCUUUUCUCCAUAGGAAAUUGAUGGAACAUGGGGACUUGCUGCUUGCUCUCUAAUGUAUGCAACUUCUGUGCACUUACCGUGCACUGCUCUGAACCACAGAGACCACUGUCUCUGUCCUGCCUGCCCUCCUUCAUUUUCACAAAAGAACCCCCACCCUUGUUUUUUUUUUUUUUUUUUUU